AUGAUUCUUUCUAAACAUUUGUUUCAACCCUGCAAGGAAAAUACGUGCUAGUUAUUAAAUUGUAUUAUAAAUAUAUGUUUGGAAAAUAAAACUAUCAUCGUAGUACGAUGGUGUAAGUAAUCGCGAACACAGUUCGCAGCAAUGCAUCGUUACAUAGGAGUGAUGUAAUGAGUGCAGCGCCUGCUAUGGUUGGCUAACCGGUUCAGGCGUUUCUGUUUUCACAUUGAAGCGUAGCUGCUCGAUGAGGUCUAUAGAAGAACUAAAACAGCUGAAGUAUCCAACCGUACAGGAAGGCAAACUUGGGUUAACUAAUUGAAACCAGAGCGUGUAAAAUAAGCAGCUGGGGGAAGAAUAUGACUGGGUCCUUCUGAUUGGCUGUACUAUCAUCUUCGAUUGCAUACGUCUUUCUUAUUGGGAGAAGCUCUGUUUAUAUUACUCCUAGAGAAACUUGGUCCAAAUACUAAUCAGACGGAUUAUGGCGUCGUCUGCAGUAGCCAGUGGGACGAGGGCUGCGUCUCCAAUGGAAAGUUGUUCUGCAUUAGGCUCUCCGGUGAUACCCGAGUCGCCGGUGCCGGCCUGCAUGUUUGCACCGGCCGCGGGCAGUAAGGGUGUUUGUGCUGAGGUGGAUGGAGAGACUCUGAAUGGGGAGUCCGAAAUUGAUUUGACUAGUAAGCUGGUUUUGGUAAGCCCCAGUGCUGAACAGUAUGACUGUUUACUCGGACAGCUUCAAGAGCGGAUGGUUGAAGGUUGUGGAGAAACCAUAUACAUCAUUGGUCAGGGUUCAGAUGGUAAGGAGUAUGGUUUGAAUGAUCCUGACAUGGAGGCGUCUGUUGCUACAAUUGGGAGCAUGGCUGAGCACAUUGGUGCAGAUAUGAUAUUACUGCGGGAUCACCAGGAAAUUGGUGGCAAAGUACGAGAUUACUUGAUCCGCAAACAUGUUGGCGACAGUGAUUUCUUGGAAGUCAGGGUAGCAGUAGUUGGUAACGUAGAUGCUGGGAAAAGCACUCUGCUAGGUGUCCUAACGCAUGGCGAACUGGAUAAUGGGCGUGGCUUUGCCCGGCAGAAGCUCUUUCGUCACAAACAUGAAAUAGAAUCUGGGCGAACUAGCAGUGUGGGUAAUGACAUUCUUGGCUUCGACAGUAAAGGCAAUGUGGUGAACAAACCAGACAGUCAUGGUGGCAGCUUGGAGUGGACCAAAAUAUGUGAAAAAUCAUCGAAAGUAAUCACCUUCAUUGAUUUGGCUGGACAUGAGAAGUACUUGAAAACCACAGUUUUUGGCAUGACUGGUCAUUUGCCAGAUUUCUGCAUGCUAAUGUUUGGAUUCACAUGUCGGUACAAUACAGACUUGAACAUCCGGAUGAAGGAAUCUGAUUUUGCACCUGUUUUCAGGACAUGGCAUAGUCCUUCAGCCUGUUCAAGGGAGAGAAUAGUCGACAGAAAAGAAGCUAUUCUGAACGCGAACAACAUAGAGGAGGACCACAACGGCAGUGGCGUGACAACAAAAGGACUAAGUGGUAUUAAUCAACAUGGUGGUUAUAAUAAUGUUAAUUUAUCUGGUUGUUCCAUUAAUGAUUGUGUUAUUACUGUUUUAAGUCAUGGGCUGAAGUUUGUACCGACUGUUGUACCACAAUUAUAUGAAUGUAAGAUAGAACUGUUUAAAUUUGUUAGAAAAAUGCAUUUAUGGUACCAUUUUGAGCAUCAGUCUUCUGGUGUUUUGGAAAAUAUGGGCCAUGAUAGUACUUUUAGUACUGAUGAGCAUAUGUCGGAAAUGGAUUCAUUUAAUUCUUUUGUAUCCUGUAAUAGUGAUUUGAAUGCUUAUUGCGCGAUAUACACUUCUGCAGUGGCAAGUAAUAGUAAAUUUAUGCCACCUUUUGUGCAUGAAGGAGUUAAAAAGUUUCAAGCUAUGGUUGAAUUUGAAUUAUUAAAACAUUUUAAUUUAAAACAGAUUAAGUAUAAUUUGUCUAAACAGGAAUGGUUGGCUUUAGUUGAUUUUUCUAAACAAAAAGAGCUUUUGAUUAAACCAUCUGACAAGGGGAAUAAAAUAGUAAUGCAUUAUACACGGUAUUUAAACAUGUGCCUUGAAUUAUUAGAGGAUGAAACAGUAUAUCGAAUAGUAAAUAAGAAUGUUAUUGAACAAGCUAGAAAAAACUAUGCUUUACUAAUACAAAAAGGUUUGAGACUGGGCUAUUGGUCUGAGAAUGAUGUUAAGAAUAAAUUAAUGUGUGAAGAUACAGGUCCAGCUUAUUUUUACUGCUUACCUAAAAUUCAUAAGGACAUUGGGAACCCACCGGGUCAUCCUAUAGUCUCAGCUAGUAAAAUGUGUCCAAUAUUCCAGAUAUCCAAUGUGACUGGAGAGAAUCUGGAUUUGCUGAAGAUGUUUCUGAAUUUAUUGUCUCCACGGACAUCAUUCUGUGAGGAUGAGCCAGCAGAGUUUCAGAUCGAUGACACUUACUCUGUUCCGGGUGUUGGGACAGUGGUAUCUGGGACAACACUGCGGGGUCUCAUCAGGCUUAAUGACAUGUUACUACUUGGUCCAGAUCCUUUGGGUAACUUCAUGCCUCUUGCAGUGAAAUCCAUUCACAGGAAACGCAUGCCAGUUAAGGAAGUACGUGGUGGCCAGACUGCUUCCUUUGCACUAAAGAAGGUAAAACGUUCCUCCAUCCGUAAAGGCAUGGUUAUGGUAUCUCCCCGAUUAAACCCACAGGCAUCCUGGGAAUUUGAAGCAGAAAUUCUCGUCUUGCACCAUCCAACAACAAUCAGCCCACGAUACCAGGCCAUGGUGCAUUGUGGUAGUAUUCGACAGACUGCUACAAUAAUCAGUAUGAACAAGGACUGUUUACGAACGGGAGAUAAAGCAACUGUCCAUUUCCGAUUUAUCAAAACUCCAGAAUAUCUUCAUGUUGACCAGAGGCUGGUGUUCAGAGAAGGACGAACAAAAGCAGUAGGAACCAUUACGAAGCUUUUACAGACCACAAAUAAUUUGCCUAUGAACUCUAAGCCCCAGCAGAUAAAGAUGCAACCAACAAAAAAGAACCCUGUAGCAAAGAAAGAAGAAGCGAUUGUGGCAGAGGAGGUGCAUUCUGCAGCAGCAACGCAGGCAGCAGUACCAGCUGUACCAACAGCACCACUGUCUCAGAGUGCUGUACAGUCUCAGACACUGCCAGAGGAGGACAAACAGAACAGAGAAGGAAAUAAGGAAAACAAGCCGAAGUCUGGAGGUGGUGGAAGACGACGAGGAGGACAGCGGCAUAAAGUGAAGUCCCAGGUUACUGCUGGAACUCCACUUAGUUAAAAUCUUAUUACCAGCUCCUGGAAAGUGGCUAACGAAAUGACAUUGAAGGAAGUCUUGAAUAACUUUAUUUAUAAGCAGGCAAUGGUGCACUAGCCAGUGACGUGUUAAGGUUGAGUCGCUUCAGCCUUCAUUCCCUCAUUUGUGUAAAUCUAUUUUUUUCCAGUCUUUUUUAAUUUGACUUGCCAGCUGUUGUGUGGCUAACCAUGCUCUCACAAACAUGGCCAAAUAUGGCUAAACUGCAUCUUGCAUUAACAUGUACAAAGCAUUUCAUGGAGGGUCAUCUCAUCAUGUACCAUUUCACCAUUUUAGUUGGAGUGGUAUUUUCAGGAAGACAUGUUCUGAUACUUCCCUGAUUAAAAAAUGUUUUAGUUCUUUAUCCUUUAAAAAGAGUAUUUAUAUAUUUUAAUAGUUUUAAUUUUUUUAAGUAUGCUACAGAUUUUCUCAAAAUCAGGUUGCUACACUGCAUUAAUACAAAUGGUAGAUUGGUACUGCAGUGUUUGAAGCCUGCAGCAUUUUUAUGCAUAUGAUCUUAAUGUGGUCCUGCACAUUUUUUUUUUUUUGAAAUUGAGAACCAAAGCAAUUGGUAUUAAUGUUCUGUGUAAGAGAUAAAAUGCUUGUUCAUGGGAAUGUGGACAUAACGUUCUCAUUCCUUCUUUUUGAACAUUUCAUGUGCAAUAUUUCAGAAUUCUUUCAGCUUAAACCUGCUUGAAGCUGUACUUUGCAGUAGACAGAAUAGGCCCCCUCAUUUUAGUCUCUGCAUAAAACUGACACACAGGGUAUUGUAGGCACCUAAUGUGUAAUACACUUGUGCCUUGAAUAACUCUCUGAUAUUUGCAUAACUAAGGCCGUUUUUGGAAAUAAUGCAUGUACUUCGUCAUCAAAUCCAUUAGAAUAUACUAUAUGAUGUCCAGUUUUCUGGUUAGCAUAAGCUGAAAAGCAACAGAAUACAAGCACUGAAGUAGCCUGACUUGCAGAUCUUCUCCAAUUUCAGAAGACAUCUUCACUUUUUAUAACCUUUUGAAUUUUGCAUUUGAUUUUAGUGAAGGGAGGGGGUGGUACCAACUAUUCAAAUACUUUUUUGUAUAAAUUAGAAAGGAAGGAAUCUGACUUGAUGGGUGUAAAAUCCAGUCAGCGACUUCUUCCCAUUUGGUUGCAUGCUUUAAUUUAAUGAGUUGCUUUUUUGUCGGGCAGAGCUGGCAUUGUACAUAACUGAAAAUAAAAAAAAAAAAAGAAACCUA